AUGGCAAGCGGAUCGAUGAAGGAUAUGACAAACAAGGUUGACAAACUGGAGAAGUUCGAAGGGGUGGACUUCCGAAGAUGGCAGAAGAAGAUGCAUUUUCUUCUGACUUCGUUGAAGGUUGUGUACGUGUUGACUACUCCAAUCCUGGAGAUACAGGAGGAGGGCAAUCUGGAGCAAAUCAGGAAGAGGUCGAAGUGGAAGAACGACAACUAUAUAUGUCUUGGCCACAUUCUGAAUGGUAUGUCUGAUCCCUUAUUUGAUGUUUAUCAAAAUGUUGAAACUACAAAGUUAAUGUGGGACACGUUGGAAGCCAAAUACAUGGCAGAAGAUUCUUCUAGUAAGAAGUUUCUUUUUGCCCAACAUGAUAUGAAGAUGGAUGAAUCCAUCUCUGUUUCGAGUAUCAUUGACAAGUUACCUCCUUCCUGGAGAGAUGUUAAACAUAAUCUGAAACAUCAGAAAGGAGAGUUAACUUUGGUUGAACUUGGAGGCCACUUCAGAAUUGAAGAAGGCUUGAGAGCACAGAAAAAUGUGUUGGUCAAUGAUGAUAAGAAACGGGCUGGAUCAAGUUCUGUGAACAUGGUUGAAACGGGUGAAUAA